UUCGAAAUUUUUGUGUGUUUAGCGUGCUAUAAUAAAGGAAAGAAAAGAGGCCAAAUAUACAGCCCAUUAGUUUCUGUUCCGUAACUCCAGAACACAAAACUCAGCGGUAACCUAGAGAGUGAGUUCUCAGAUUUUUCCGGUGGAGAUGGGAUCCUUAACGAAAAGACCGUCUUUUUCUCUUUGAGGAAGUUGGGAUAUGUUAGGUUGCUGUUAUUAGGGAAACACAAGCCAUUACCCUCAUGUGAUAAUCAUAAGCACGCCUCGUCUGUUGUUGGCGGCAUGGGAUAACAGAGGUGGCUAUUCAACAUUAUCUACUAGUUCUGGAGGGACAUUACAAUGGCGCGAAAGUUCCAAUGAUCUGUUUCUGUGAACUCAUAAAUCUAACUUGUCCUUUUUACACCUUCAUCACCUUCCCCAAACAUUUUAAAGUUUAGAGCAGGCAACCUCAAAAGUUCAUUACUAUAGAAAUAGUUCUUGCCAGAAUGCUAAAGACCAGCUGAUGAGACUGAAGGUGACAUCUUCAAGAGCUUUGAAGGCCUCAUGUUUAUACAUGUAUAUGCAUGUGCACACAGAUGGGAAGGAAGAACAAUAAGAUGAAUUGUGUUGAAAAGGUUGGAAGUAGAUCACUAGCUGCGACCAUAUGGAAUGAUCUAAGUGUAGCUAUAUUCUGUGACCUGUGUAUUAAGGAGGUGGAGGCAGGACAUCCUCCUGACACUCACUUUAGCAAAGUUGGAUGGAAAAAUUUGGUUGCACACUUAAGUAAGGAGACAGGAAAAGACUAUGAUAAACCACAACUGAAAAAUAAGUGGGAUUCACUUAAAGCUGAAUGGAAAAUGUGGAAAGAACUAAUUGGAAAGGAAACUGGUUUAGGAUGGAACCCCUCGAAGAAUACCAUCGAUGCAUCUGAUGAAUGGUGGCAUAGUAGAGUUCAGGUAGAUUCUAAUUAUGCAAAAUUUCGAAACAAAGGCAUUAAACCUGAGAUGGUGGAGAAGCUAGAUAGGAUGUUCUUGAAGACCAGAACCACCAGGGAACAUGCUAAGGCACCCUUGUUUGGUGUUCCAUCUGAAAGUGAGGAAGCAUCCAAAGAUGAUGCUGUUAAACUCAAAGGUAGGGGUGAUUCUGAACAGUUCAUCCCAAUUCUGACCACUCCAGCUACAAAAAGGUCAUCAGGGAGGGGGAAAAGGAGAACAGUUCAAGAAGCUGACACUCAAGUUAGGAAAGAAAAGAAAGGCAAAAGAGUUGCUAUAGGUGGGCAGAAGGUUGGAGGCACUGUGAAAUUGUCAGAAAAGAUUGAUCACCUUCUUGAGUCAGUUGACAGUAGUAGUUCUGUAACUUUUAAAUUGGAGGAAGGUGUACAUGGCAGUAGCAUUCCUGAAGUGAUGCAAGCAGUUCAAUCUUUACCUGGAGCAGAACCCGGUAGCAAAUUGUGGUUGUUUGCAACUCGGUUAUUUUUAUCUGAAGACAAGAGAGAGAUGUUCACUUACAUGAAAGAUCCUGACAUUAAGCUUCAAUGGCUUAAUUAUGAAUUUGCUGAAAAAUAACUGGGAUGCACUUAUAUUAUGAACCUUCUUGUAUUAUGUUGUUGAUAUUAUGGUUUAAACUAGUGACUGUUGUUUUUGAUAUCAUAUGUAUUUGUUUUACUGUUGGUGUUAA